AUGGAGCAAGGGAAAAAGACACAGUCCAUAAGUCCAGGAGGAUCCGAGAAACAGGGUAGUGAUCUGCUAAAUGAUUGUGACUUAACAGACAAAAGCUGUUCAGCUCUGGCUACAGUUCUUGGAUCAGAUACCAGUCUGAAAGAGCUGAACAUGAGCAAUAAUAAUCUGCAGGAUUCAGGAGUGAAGCAGCUCUGCACUGGACUGAAGAAUAUAAAUUGCAAAUUAGAGAUACUGAGGCUUUCAGACUGCAGUAUCACUGAAGAAGGUUAUAAAGCUCUGGCUUCAGCUCUGAGAUCAAACUCUUCACACCUGAUAGAGCUGGAUCUCACAGGAAAUGAUCCUGGACAAUCAGGAGUAAAUGAGCUCAGUGACUUACUACAGGAUCCAAACUGUCAACUCAAGACACUGAGGCUAAAUGAUUGUGGCUUAACAGACAAAAGCUGUUCAGCUCUGGCUACAGUUCUUGGAUCAGAUACCAGUCUGAAAGAGCUGAACAUGAGCAAUAAUAAUCUGCAGGAUUCAGGAGUAAAGCAGCUCUGCACUGGACUGAAGAAUAUAAAUUGCAAAUUAGAGAUACUGAGGCUUUCAGACUGCAGUAUCACUGAAGAAGGUUAUAAAGCUCUGGCUUCAGCUCUGAGAUCAAACUCUUCACACCUGAUAGAGCUGGAUCUCACAGGAAAUGAUCAUGGACAAUCAGGAGUAAAUGAGCUCAGUGACUUACUACAGGAUCCAAACUGUCAACUCAAGACACUGAGAUUUUUGGGUCCUGCUGCAGAUGAAGCCUGUCAGUAUGUGACUGGAAUUGUGGGUAAAAACCCGUUACUCCUGAGAGAACUGAAUCUGAGUGAACAUGAACUAGGAGACACACGAGUGAAUCAGAUCGCUGCUCUACUGCAGGAUAAACACUGUCAACUCAACACACUGAAUCUGAAUAACAACUGUAUCACAGAAGGAGGUUGUCAUGUUCUGGCUGCAGCUCUAAAUUCAAACCCUUCAAAUCUGACAGAGCUGAAUCUGAGUGAGAAUAAACUAGGAAACCCAGGAAUGAAGAUCAUCUUGACUCUGUUUGAAAAUGUACAGUGUAGACUGGAAAAGCUGAAACUUUCAGACUGCAGUAUCAAUGAAGAAGGUUAUAAAGCUCUGGCUUCAGCUCUGAGAUCAAACCCUUCACACCUGAUAGAGCUGGAUCUCACAGGAAAUGAUCCUGGACAAUCAGGAGUGAAGGAGCUCAAUGAUUUACUACAGGAUCCAAACUGUCAACUCAAGACACUGAGAUUUUUGGGUCCUGCUGCAGAUGAAGCCUGUCAGUAUGUGACUGGAAUUGUGGGUAAAAACCCGUUACUCCUGAGAGAGCUGAAUCUGAGUGAACAUGAACUAGGAGACACACAAGUGAAUCAGAUCGCUGCUCUGCUGCAGGAUAAACACUGUCAACUCAACACACUGAGACUUUCAGACUGCAGUAUCACUGAAGAAGGUUAUAAAGCUCUGGCUUCAGCUCUGAGAUCAAACCCUUCACACCUGAUAGAGCUGGAUCUCACAGGAAAUGAUCCUGGACAAUCAGGAGUGAGGGAGCUCAAUGAUUUACUACAGAAUGAACUCUGUUCAUUAAAGACCAUCAGGUUUUUGAAAAGUCCUGCUGCAGAGAAAGCGUGUGAGUAUCUCACUGGAGUUCUGGGUAAAAGUCCAUUACUACUGAAAGAACUGGAUCUGAGUGGAGAUAAAUUAGGAGAUCUGGAUGGGGAGAAACUCUCUGCUCUUUUGAUGGACUCUCAUAGCAAACUGGAGAAAAUAAUGCUGAAUAACUGUAAGCUGACAGAGAAAAGUUGUUCAGUUCUAGCUACUGUUCUCUCCUCCAAAACCAUCCUGAAAGAGAUGAACCUGAACAACAGUCGUCUGCUGGAUUCAGGAGUCAAAGAGAUCUGUGAGGGACUGAAGAAUCCUGUGUGUGAGCUGAAGAUCCUGAAACUUUCAGACUGCAGUAUCACUGAAGAAGGUUAUAAAGCUCUGGCUUCAGCUUUGAGAUCAAACCCUUCACACCUGAUAGAGCUGGAUCUCACAGGAAAUGAUCCUGGACAAUCAGGAGUGAGGCAGCUCAAUGAUUUACUACAGGAUGAACUCUGUUCAUUAAAGACCAUCAGGUUUUUGAAAAGUCCUGCUGCAGAGAAAGCGUGUGAGUAUCUCACUGGAGUUCUGGGUAAAAGUCCAUUACUACUGAAAGAACUGGAUCUGAGUGGAGAUAAAUUAGGAGAUCUGGAUGGGGAGAAACUCUCUGCUCUUUUGAUGGACUCUCAUAGCAAACUGGAGAAAAUAAUGCUGAAUAACUGUAAGCUGACAGAGAAAAGUUGUUCAGUUCUAGCUACUGUUCUCUCCUCCAAAACCAUCCUGAAAGAGAUGAACCUGAACAACAGUCGUCUGCUGGAUUCAGGAGUCAAAGAGAUCUGUGAGGGACUGAAGAAUCCUGUGUGUGAGCUGAAGAUCCUGAAUCUGUGUGGUUCCAGUAUUCAGUAUGGUUUCAGCGAGGAACAGAGUCUCAUCCUGACUUCAGCUCUGAAAUCAAACCCAUCACACCUAAGAGAACUGAACCUGAGUGAGAAUGAACUAGGAGACUCUGCAGUGAAAAAUCUCAGUGAUCUACUGAUGAACCCACAAUGCAAGCUGGAGAAACUAGAUCUGUAUUAUUGCAGAAUUACAGAGGAACAGAGUCUCAUCCUGACUUCAGCUCUGAAAUCAAACCCAUCACACCUGAGAGAACUGAACCUGAGCAGGAAUGAACUAGGAGACUCUGGAGCGAAAAAUCUCAGUGAUCUACUGAUGAACCCACAAUGCAAGCUGGAGAAACUACAUCUGCGUGAUUUUAGUAUUACAGAGACACAGUGUCUCAUCCUGACUUCAGCUCUGAAAUCAAACCCAUCACACCUGAGAGAACUGGAUUUUAACGGGAAUGAAAUAAAAAACACAGGAGUGAAUCACUUAUGUGACGUACUGAAGGAUUCACACUGUAAACUAGAGAUACUGAGGUUAAGUGACUGUGAAUUGACAGCUGAAGGUUGUUCUGCUGUGACUUCAGCUCUGAAAUCAAACCCAUCACACCUGAGAGAACUGGACCUGAGUGUAAAUGUACUAGGAGACUCUGGAAUGAAAAACCUCAGUGAUCUACUGAUGAACCCACAAUUCAAGCUGGAGAAACUAGAUCUUCAGUCUUCUUUCAUCUUUGGAUGCAGUAUUACAGAGAAACAGUGUCUCAUCCUGACUUCAGCUCUGAUAUCAAACCCAUCACACCUGAGAGAACUGAACCUGAGAUGGAAUAAACUAGAAGACUCUGGAGUGAAAAACCUCAGUGAUCUACUGAUGAACACACAAUUCAAGCUGGAGAAACUAGAUCUGUGUAGAUGCAGUAUUACAGAGGAACAGUGUCUCAUCCUGACUUCAGCUCUGAAAUCAAACCCAUCACACCUGACAGAACUGGACCUGAGAUGGAAUCAAAUAAAAAACACAGGAGUGAAUCACUUAUGUGACGUACUGAAGGAUUCACACUGUAAACUGGAGAGAUUGAGUCUUUAUGGCUGUGGAAUUACAGAUGUUUCUUCUUUAACUCAGUCUUUGACAAACACAAAAGCACUGCAGUUUCUAAAAGAGCUUGAUCUGAGAGACAAUAAGAUUGGAGACUCAAAGCAGCAGCUCAUUGAUGUGCUACGAGACUCAAACUGUAAACUGAGGCCCGUUCUGCUCGCCUACACUGCUGUCUAA